AUGGGUCUCCACGCUGCACGCCGUGAAGAGUUUAUCAAGGUGGACAAUGGCAGUUACUCACUGGGCCAGGUCAUGAAGUUUGCUGCACACAGAAACUCAAAGACUCUAGUUGGCCACUAUCUAGAUGAUAUGAGUAAUAUUGACGGAGCGGCAGCCUUCUUGGACCUAAAUCCAAGGCGGGAUCUUACAGAGGACUUUCGCACUGCGUCUGUGAAAAGGGAUCCAGGCCUUACGCACUCACUCCCAGCCAAGAACCUGGAGGACUUGAAGUAUCGCCCCGACUUUCUCGAGCUUUGCGAGCAGGUCAAUGAUCUCUCAGUCCAGAUUACAAUGGCCGUGACCGACGAGGCUCGAAAAGAACUUAAUGCUCGGCGCCGCUAUGUUUAUGAUCAACGGCAAAAAGCUUAUUGA